UGCAGUAUCGGCAUAAUCCGCGCUCAGCGUCGAUCGCUCUGUAUUGAUCGUUUCGCCAGCGCCGACCGUUCGUGCACCACGUCCCACCGUGACGGCCUUUUGUUCCAUUCUCUUCCGCGUUAUCGUUACCGCUGCGUGAACGCGGCUUCAGUUCUUUUAUUUCCUGGUUACGGGAACGGGUAUUCGUUAGAGAAAGAGUACAUCAAAGUCGACCGUUCUCGAGUUAAAGGGCUAGUGAGAGAGAGGGAUUCAAAGACGAUUUUUUGUUCGAGUUUAAUAUGAAAAUGUUUAUUGUAUAUUAGUAAGUUAGGAUAAUCAAAGGAGAUCAAGACUCAAGACAGUGAUAAUGGCAGAGCGCGAUCGAGACUAUAUCGGAUUCGCCACUCUGCCCGACCAAGUGCAUCGAAAAUCCGUCAAACGCGGCUUUGAGUUCACGCUGAUGGUUGUGGGCGAAUCGGGCUUAGGGAAAUCCACUCUGAUCAAUAGUUUAUUCCUAGAAGACCUGUACAAGAAUAGAAAAGUUCCGGAUGUUAGCGAAAGAAUACACAAAACGACCACUGUCGAGAAAAAGACGAUGGAAAUCGAAGAAAGAGGAGUUAGAGUAAGAUUAACCAUCAUCGACACCCCGGGCUUCGGCGAUGCGGUAAACUGCGAAGAUAGCUGGAAGGUGUGCACAAAUUACAUCGACGAACAGUUUCGCCAAUAUUUCACAGACGAAAGCGGCUUGAACCGAAGAAACAUCCAAGAUAAUCGAGUUCACUGUUGUUUAUACUUCAUUCCUCCCUGGGGCCACAGUUUACGCCAAAUGGACCUAGAAAUGCUCAAGAGACUACAUCGUAAAGUAAACAUAGUACUGGUUAUUGCCAAAGCGGACACAUUAACUACCUCCGAAGUUGAUAAGCUAAAGAAAAAUAUAUUGCAUGAUAUUAAGGAGCACGAAAUACAGAUGUACGAAUUUCCGGAAUGUGACAGCGAUGAAGAUGAAGAAUUUAAACAGCAGGAUCGCGAACUAAAAGCCAGUGUACCUUUUGCAGUAGUUGGUAGCAACACCAUUUUGGAAGUGGCGGGAAGAAAAAUCAGAGGAAGACAGUAUCCUUGGGGUGUAGUCGAUGUGGAGAAUCCGAAACACAGCGACUUUAUCAAACUAAGAACCAUGAUCAUCUCGACUCACAUGCAAGACUUGAAAGAUGUUACGGAAGACGUUCAUUACGAAAAUUUUAGAGCGCAGUGCAUUUCGCAAAUAUCGCAGCACGCCAGGGAGAGGGGCCUUUCGUUUUCAAGGAAGCUGAAAAGGGACUCCACGCCGUACGAUUCCGACAUAUCGGAGACAGAUAGGUUGUUAUUGCAGAAGGACGAAGAAAUUCGUCGAAUGCAAGAAAUGCUUAACCAAAUGCAAGAGAAACUCAAAGAAAAUGCUCACGAUACAAGGAAGCAUGAAAGUGUUAUUGAUGUGUAGAAAAUAUUGUAUAUUGAGUGAAUCAGUGUCUAGAACCAAAGAAAGAAUCAUAAUAAUAUAGUUAUUUCCUUUUAUAUAUUUAU